AAAGCUGUUUUUAUUGUUGCUUCUGAGAACAUGACUCACUCACUUUGGUUUGUUUUUUUAAUUUAGGAUGGAUGCAACUCUGAAAGAGCUGACCAGCUUAGUGAAAGAAGUCUACCCAGAAGCACGGAAGAAGGGCACACACUUCAAUUUUGCAAUUGUUUUUACAGAUCUCAAGAGGCCUGGGUAUAGGGUGAAGGAGAUUGGCAGUACCAUGUCGGGCAGGAAGGGCACAGAUGAUUCCAUGACACUGCAGUCUCAGAAAUUCCAGAUAGGAGACUACUUGGAUAUAGCAAUUACUCCUCCGAAUCGUGCACCGCCCCCAUCAAGCCGCAUGAGACCGUACUAAACUACUGCUGCUUUGUAUGAUUACAUCUUUAUUCCUACUUGCUGUUCUAAAGCAGGCUUAUUUUUUUUUGCUUUUGUUGCUAAGUGAGAACACCUGAAGACAAAGCUAAGCAUCAGAAAUUGAAGUUAACUUUUAAACCUUAACUUUUAGUUUGUUUAGAAGAAACACUUACCUUUAGCAGUGCCAUCAUUCUAUCCCUGAUUGUUAUAGUUUGAACAGUAAGUCAGUAUGUCCAGUGUUUCAAGAUUUCCAUAAAAUACGACCAGGAGGAUUACAGGUGUUCUGUAGUUCUGUCUUGUUUGGAAUAAAGAUUGAUGUUAUUAAUCUUUU